GUGAUGGCACAGAGGGGACAGACGCCGGGUGAGGGAGGGACGCAGUGAUGAGCCCAUGGCUACCCCUGCCGGCUCUUAUCUGUAAGACGGCCCAGGCAGGCAGGCAGGGAUCAGAGUCCCUAGAUCCAGAGGACACAGGUGGAUGGGGACCCCCAAACACAAUCCCUGUGCGGGGACAGAAGGGUGAUGCCCAGCUUCUGGGGCUGCAGGAGCAAUCAGCGGCAACAGGAAGUGCCUCCUCCUGCCCGGGAAAAGCUAAGGGGCUGGGGAAGCGGGGGCUGCCGAGGGUCCAAGUGUCACUGGACCCCACUGGAAGGCGGGGCCAAGGCAGAAAGCGCGGCGCACAGUGGGCAUCUCUGCCUUGCUGGUUAGGCCACCGGACCCCGCAAGACUCCCCCAACCUUCAGUUAUGCCUCAUUCUAGUUCUUUCUCGAACAAGACAUUGCCCAGGGGGCAGGGGUGGCUGAAACCCACCUUGACAAAAUAACAGGGCAAGGCAAGAAGCCCUUGGGCCCUGAGCCAUCAACACACCCUUAUCAGACAGCACACAUCCGCUGCCUGGGAUCUCCCCACACAGCUGCAUCUGGAGUUGGAGUGUCAGUUCUGCAAAGAGGAAACAGGGACGCUUCAGUACCAAGUGGCAGUUGUCGGGCCGGCAGGCGGCCUGCCUGCUCUGUUGCAAGGUUCUCUGUGCCAGGAGGUGCCACACAAAGGCAUGUUUUCUAGUCCCUCCAGCUCUGCCAGCCUUCCCUUCAGCCCGGCUCACCUUCCCCCUCCACUGGCUGCCACUCCAGCCGGGGAGCACCCUCCGAAGGUGUCGAGAAGGGCCAUGCAGGCAGCCAGGCCAGGGGAAGCCACCACUUGCUCUGGCUGCUUCUAACCGAGGUGCUACUGAGCACGGGGUUGGGGGAGAUCCUCAUUCACAGGCAGAAAGUACAGUUUGGGAAGGAGUGUGGUGGAGCUGAGAUAGAAAGACUGGAAAAAUAUAGAGAAUUACCAGUAGCCCCACUGGGCUUCCCUGCCCUCCGCUCUCCAAACCUGGGAAGGUUAAGAAAACAAGAGGCAGCCAGCCCUAGGAUGCCCACCCUCCCUGGGCCACAGCUGGGAACACUCAGGGCUCCCUACAACGCAACAGCUGGGGCACAGGCCUCACGGUCACCUGACGAUGGCUGGUUAUAUCGGGCACCAGGCGUCAGGCACCCCUUGGCCUCGCUUUAAAUAGCGUGCUGGAAAGCCCGCCUGGGACCUGCUGGAAUGUGCCUCCGCCCUCUUAGGAGAACAGGCCCCUCCCAGCCCCCCACAGUCCCCACUAAGGCUCCUCUGCUCAAGGCCAAGCUGGAAAUGAUAAAACAGCAACUGAAAAGCAAAGGGGGCUUCAGCCUUUGGGGCAAAACAGCCGUGUCCAGCAGCCCCACUCCUGCAGACAGGAUGCAGUGAGCAGCCCUGGGGCCAAUCCAAGUCCCUAGAGGCCCUGGCUGUCCACGUCCGUGGCCCGCUGGAGUGGACCGACACUCUCCCCAGAGUGGGGCCCGGGUCCCCUGGGCGUGAGUCUGCAGCUUUCAGACUUCCUAACCCCUGGAGGACGGCUGACUUUAAAGGCGAAGCUUCGGAUCAACAGGCCCCGCCUUUCCGGCACAGCAGUUCAGCCCGGCCCCACCUUCCCCCUCCCUGCUCUGGAGAUCACGCCCCAACUGACCAGGGUCUCCACGCAACCUCUCACUCACAAGCGGAGGCGCGCCCCUCUGCAAUCCCUCCUGGGUCUUUGGGCGUGGGGGGCACAGGUGAAAAAGCCCCCCGCCGACCUGCUCGCCUCCGCCUUCUCUGUGAAGGAGUGUCUCUGAUGGCUACAUUAGGCAGUGCAGGCCCUGGGCCAAUCAGGCUGAAAAAGCCAGGCCAAGUAGCCGAAGAGGGGAGGGGAAAGCAGCCCAGCUCCUGAGCCCGGGGCAAGCUCCCCCUCGGCUUCGGCUUCGGUCGGCCCACUGGUCCCUCGGUCCCUCCUCCAGGAAUGGGACCAGCGGGCGGGCUCCCGUCCUCCUGGAAACCCGGGGAGCGAGAUGCCCGGAGGCCCCAGAACAAGGGAGGGGACCACCUUCCUGUGCACACCUGCUCCACUGGUCAGUGGGAGGAGGUCUGUUCGGUGUGACCUGAGGAGAGGGGUCUUAUGCUUGGGAAGGAGUUCACGAGCCUGAGACGGAAAGACUCGCAAGAUCUGCCUUUGGUGACAAGUCACAGGAGGUUCUCAAAGAGCAAGUGUGGCCUGGUGAGUGAUGAAAGCUGUGUUCCAGACUCCCGUGUGGGGUGGGGCUGAUCACGCAGAGCCCUGGUCCCUGUGCUGAGCCCAUCGCAUGGGCCAGGCCCUCUGUGGGCUGCUCCUGGGCCGACUUAUCUUGCCCGUCGAAGAGCAGGCUGCCUGAGACAGGCGCCCACGGAGGGAUGGCGGAGGCAGCGCUGCCAGGCCCCACUCCUGCAGUGUGACCGUGAAGUCCCUUCCUCUCUCUGGUCUCAGUGUCCCCAUAUGCAAAAGAAAGGAGGCAGGAGUGGAUGACCCAUGGCAUUCUAGAAUUCUAUGCCUCCUAGUACAUUGGAAAACUGGGAUCCUGAUCUCCUUUGUAGCAAUGUGCAGACCCUGGGGUGGGGCAUGGGAGAAGCUGGGAGGCUCUAAUUUCAGGAGCUCGCCCUUUGACAGGAGACCAUCUAAUCCUCCACGGAGCCAUCACCUGCCUGCUACCCCCCAUCAUCACUUAAAACAUAGCCCCCCCAUCUCCAGCCGGCCCCCCACCACUCGCCUUCACCUCAUACACCACAAACAUCCCGGGCAUGAAGGACACAGACGGAACUCCCCAAAGGUGUUGGAGGAAGGUCACUGACAGCGAAUGUGUGGGGGGGUGACAACCCCCAAAGGCCGCCUGGCCUCUGCUGCGCUGGCCGGACCCCGCCCAGAGGGGAAUCACAUGGGCUGGGUACUCCCGGAGCCCGGCCCUGUGCUCAACCCUCCCGACAGCCUCGAGAGACGGGCACCUCAUCUUCAUGGAAAACGAGAUAAGGAACAGACUCAGAGAAACGGAGCCACUCCCGUGUCACAAAAGCAGGAAGAAGGCUGGCAGUAUUCAAACCCAGGAUGAUUUGAAUGCUAUUCUAUGGGGGGGGGGGCACCUGACCCGACGAGGGCAGUUAUCCUGUGGGGAAGGAGAUGCAGGAGGAAUCCGCGCUGGCCGUCCAGGCCCUGGAGGACCGUGAGGCGGAAGGGGGCGGAAUUGGCCUGAGUGACCACAGGUGGGACUGACGAGGUCACCAGGAGAUCCCAUCUUCUAACGAUCAGAGCUGCCCAAGAAGGAAUGGGCCGGGCUGGGCCGCAGGGGGGCUCCCCACUCGAGCAAAGGCCGCAUGCCAGAGGGAGGGCAGGGAGCCAAGUGCGGCGCAGAGGACUGGAGCGGAUGACCUUCAAGGCGGCUCUAAGGACGCUACGCUGUGAUGGCGGCGCCAGGAGUGACCAGCCUCACAGACCGCAGCCACCUGGGGGCGAAUGUGCCUGGCUGAGGGACGAGGCAGAGGCUGGGGUAGGUGAGAGGGCAGAUUCUCUGGAGGCAGCUCCGUGGGGACUCCAGGUCCUCUCCCUGCUCUGCAGCUCAGGAGGAACCCCGGCAGGGACCCGGCACAACAUGGCAGCCUCCAACCUUGCGCUGGAGAUGCGCUCCAUAGGGGAGAGGCUGCUGCACAAGCUGCAGAUGCUGCCCCAGGCCGAGCCCGUGGAGAUCGUGGCCUUCUCGGUCCUUGUCAUUUUCACAGCCACCGUGCUGCUGCUGCUGCUGAUGGCCGUCGGCUACUGCUGCUGCCGGUGCUGCCGCCCUAAGCGGGGAGGCAGGAGGGCCCUGGUGGGACCCAUGACCCCACCGUGAGGGCCAGGGCGGCGGCCGAGGAGGAGCCGGAGAGGAGACCGCCAAAGCCAUGACCCAGGGCAUCAGCCUGGCCCUGCAGCCCUCAACCCUCAAGACAAAGAUCCACGGGCCCAGCCCUGGCCUAGCCCAGGAACCCAGACACUGACUGAGAGCUGGAGGCUCGUCAAGGAAAUAAGGGCUGUGCCGACCACAAAACUCUCACCUGACAGUGAACACAGGGUGCCGAGGAGGACUCGACUGUUUCUAAGACAGAAAACCACCGGGGAUUCUGUGCCUACCUGCGCUUUCUAACAAAACAAAGAAGUGGGGUCCCCACACCUGGAGAACAGCCGGCACGUGUGGGGAGCUGGCUCAAGGCUCCCACGCCAAAGAGGAGCAGGCCAAUCAGAGAGGGGCUUUGCGCGGCAGCUCCUGUGUCCCAAGCUCCCCCCGAGCACGCACACGUCUGUGUUCCAUUCCAGUAUUUGCCUGUUUCUUUCCCAGUAAAAGCUUUCUGGUUA